UGUUCAAAUAUGCAGUGUGCUGGACUGUGCUUCAUCUUCUAGCUGACUUCAGCUGUGAAACACUUUGUGCAUCAAAGGAGCACAGUUUGAAGAACACAGUCAUGGUGCUACUGACAGGGGAUGUGCUGUUCUCUGUGGCCAUAGCUUUGGUCAUCUUCCUACUCCUGGUGGACCUGAUGCACCGGCGCCAACGCUGGGCUGCUCGCUACCCACCAGGCCCUAUGCCAAUGCCCGGGCUGGGCAACCUGCUGCAGGUGGACUUCCAGAACCCAUCAUAUUCCUUCUACAAGCUGCAGCACACAUUUGGGGACGUGUUCAGCCUGCAGUUUGCCUGGACUCCAGUGGUUGUGGUCAAUGGGCUGGCAGCAGUACGGGAGGCUCUGGUGACCCUUGGUGAGGACACCUCAGAUCGGCCCCGAGUGGCCACCAACGAACUAAUGGGCUUUGGACCGAGAUCCCAAGGAGUUAUUGGGGCUCCCUAUGGACCCGCCUGGCGUGAGCAGCGGCGCUUCUCUGUGUCCACCCUGCGCAAUUUCGGCCUCGGCAAGAAGUCUCUGGAGCAGUGGGUGAAUGAAGAGGCCGCCUGCCUCUGUGAUGCUAUCGUCAACCAUGCCGGGCAGCCCUUUCGUCCCAAUGCCCUGAUGACCAAAGCUGUGUGCAACGUGAUCUCCUCUCUCAUCUAUGCACGCCGCUUUGAGUAUGAUGACGCCACUGUGAUCAGAUUGAUAGAACUGAUGGAGGAUGGCAUGAGGAAGGCCAAUGGCUUGCUGCUUCAGGUAGUGAACGCAGUGCCAUUUCUCACGCGCAUCCCAUGGGUGGCUGCCAAAGCCCUGCCCUCACAGAGGACAAUUUUAGCUAUAAUUCACAGUCUGUUGACUGAGCACAACACAACCUGGGACCCAGACCAGCCACCCCGUGAUCUGACUGAUGCUUUUCUGAAUGAAGUACAUAAGGCCAAGGAGAACUCCAAGAGCAGCUUCAAUGAUGAGAACCUUCGUCUACUCGUAUCUGAGCUGUUUUUUGCAGGGAUGCUGACCACGUCAAUCACAAUGUCCUGGGCCCUGCUGCUCAUGAUCCUGCACCCGGAUGUGCAGUACCGUGUCCAGCAGGAGAUUGAUGAAGUCAUAGGGCAGGGGCGGCGCCCAGAGAUGGCAGACCAAGUCCGCAUGCCCUUCACCAAUGCUGUGAUUCAUGAGGUGCAGCGGUUUGCAGACGUUGUCCCCUUGGGUGUGCCCCACAUGACAUCUCGUGACACUGAAGUGCAGGGCCUCUGCAUCCCCAAGGGGACCAUGCUCAUGACCAACCUGUCAUCUGUGCUGAAGGAUGAGACUGUCUGGGAGAAGCCUUUCCACUUCCACCCUGGACAUUUCCUGGACAGCGAGGGCCGCUUUGUGAAACGAGAAGGGUUCCUGCCCUUCUCAGCAGGUCCCCGCGUGUGCCUUGGGGAGCCCCUGGCCCGCAUGGAGCUGUUCCUCUUCUUCACCUGCCUGCUGCAGCACUUCAGCUUCUCUGUGCCUCAAGGGCAGCCCCGGCCCAGCGACCGUGGUGUGCUUUCCUUCCUAGUGACUCCAGCCCCAUUCCAGCUAUGUGCUGUGCCCCGCUAGAUGGAGCACUGUGGCCCCUACUUGUCCACUACACAGAUGACUUGGUAUCUAGUAAACCAGUGUUGUGACUGUCACUA